AUGGAUAAGCCUUACAUCUGCAAGAUCUGCAACAAGCGAUUCAAAGGUGGCAAGGCCAUGGGCGGACACAUGAGAUCUCAUCUCGUUAAGCUUCCUCUCCCUCCCAAACAGCCUCCACCCCCGCCGCCUCCAGCCACUCCUUCUCCGCCGCAACGGCUCCCACACUCGCCGGAGUUUUCAUCCUCCUCGACUCAUUAUAACCAUAGCCAGAGUAACAACAACAACAACAGCAACAUCCUCCGAAUCCGGAACAUCAACAGCAGCGUCAUGCAGAUGAUGAUGAUGCAGUCCCCUCCGCCGGCUAGGUUUCUGAAGUACCGGGAACUUGAUUCUGCUUCCGCUGCGGUGGCUCCCCCGUCUUCAAUGGACUCGGUGGUGGAGAGUGAUAGCAUCGAGUCGCUUCACAAAAAGCCGACGAGAAGAAGAUCCAAACGGCGUCGUAAGCUCGUUGUGAGAGUGGCGCAGCCGCUUCUAGACGCCGCAGCGCAGGUAAAUUCCGUUAUUACCGAUACUUUCUCAUCGGAAGAUUGCGCACUCUCUCUUAUGAUGCUCUCGAGAGACACUUGGAAAGUGACCAAAAAGGAAGUGGCAUGUGGUGAUGGGGAGGAAGAAGAAUCUCGUGAGGAAGAAAUGGAACAAGAAGUAGAAGAGGAAGAUGAAGAAGAUGACGACGUUGUUUUCCAAGGUGGGAAGUACAAGUGUGAUACUUGCAAGAAAGCCUUCCAAUCCUACCAAGCACUCGGCGGCCACCGCGCCAGCCACAAGAGAGUCCGCCACCAAGUCUUCGAAGAAGACGAUGACGUGGACUCCGGCGAUGAGGACGAUGAUGAUUCAGAGGAUGGUAAUUCGGCAGUUGUGGAGCAUCCUCCUCCCAGGGUGUUUGAAUGCCCGUUUUGUUUCAAGCUGUUUGAUUCUGGUCAAGCACUCGGUGGGCACAAGAAGGUGCACUAUUAUAAUAAUACUAACAGUAAUGCUAGUUGUCAUAGUAACACCAACGACGCCAAGGCCUCUUCCUCUGCAAAUGUUUCUUCUGCAAACUAUGGAGACAACAACUUGGUGAUCGAUCUCAAUCUCCCAGCACCAGAAGAAGAGUUCGAAAUUUCGACGGUGUCGGAUUAG